CUGUGCGUGAAGCCUGGCCUCGCUAUCUAGCCUUAGCGGCACGCACCAGGGUGCCAAAGACACUCGAUGUCGAUGGCCAGAGAGCCUCUGCAGCAGUGCCACACGCCACGAGCGCGAGACGCAGCGUUGCUCCGAGGGUUGCAAACCGCUCGCACAGCUGUAAUCAAUCAGCACAAGACCGCAGCGGACGGCCUCGACGCGGAGCAGCAAGUAGCAGUGACCUCGCCCAGCGCAGUCACCAGUCACAGCUCGUCCUAGCCGUAGCUUUGAUAGCACAACAAGAAGAGCUUCAAGAGCAUGCGCGCGGCACGAUUCGCCCUCGUGCGCGCGCCGGCCGCGGCGCGGCUGCGGCGGCCACCGCUCGCGCGCGGCGCUGCGGCGCGCUGGUCCGACAAGGCCAAGGCGGACAGCGAUGCCGCGGCGGCCGACGCGGCGCGCGACGCGAAGUUCGACGCGGCCGACGCGGCGCGCGACGCGAAGUUCGACCAGCGCGACGCGAAGGCGGACGCCAAAACCGCCAAGGAGGACGCCAAAGCACAACAAGCCGCGAAGGACGAAGCGAUGGGCCGCGAGCACGCCGAAAAACUCGCGAACGCCUGGGACAGCGUGCAGCAACGCGCCAAGAACUUCGACUGGCGCGCGGCGCUGCAGGGCGCCUCCAGCGAAUUGCGGCGGGCCGUCGACGAAUUGAGAGGAGAGAACCAACCCUCGGUCCUAAAAAGGAAGGUCGGCUUCCAGGACCAGGACCAGGCGCCCACAGAAACAAAAGAAUUUGAUCCCCGGGAAGCGCAGCUCAUGGUCAUCGAGCAGGAGGACACGUGGGCCGAGCUCCGGGAGCGGCUGCGCAAGGCCCCGAUCAUUUCUGAUAUUCUCGACGGGACGCAGCGCGCGAGGAAGCGCAUCAACGAAACCUCUGCCGCGAAGCGCGUCAAGGAUCUGGGGGAAGAUGCGAGAGAGUUCUGGGAGACGUCCCAGAACCCUUUGGUGUAUCAAGCCUCGUCCAUUGUGGACGCUGUUACUGCCGAAACCGACACGGCGGCGGCGACGCGAGAACUACGACGGCUCGACCCGAACUUUUCGCUGGAGGUCUGGCGCGACGGCGUGAGCGAAGAGCUGUGCCCGCAAUUUGUGGACGCGUUUAUCCAAGGAGAUACGAUGAAAUUGAAACCUUGGUUGAGCGAAGGCCUGUUCUCUCGACUAUCGCAUGAAAUCAGAUUAAGGAAGGAGGAGGGAUUAGUUUAUGACGACGCGCAAAUAACCGACUGCGAAAAAGUGGAAAUUAUAGCUGUCCAGGUCGACGAGCAGCGGUCGCCCAUCCUCGUCGUGCAGUUCAUGACGCAGCAGGUCAAUUGUGUAAGGAACAGGGAGGGGGACGUCGUCGAGGGCUACCCGUCGGACAUCCGCGCGUACUUCUACGUCAUGGCGUUUCAAAGGGAAUAUGAUGAUCAGAGUCAUGAGCUCGCUUGGAGGGUGGUCGACUUCCAGCUGGGCGGCGGGGAGCCGUACUACUAACUUGCUCGAGUGUUA